AUGCCUCCUCAGAAAAAUAAUAACAAAAGCGUAAAUGAUUCAUGGAAAAAAAGAAAGAGAACGAGAGGAAUAAUAAAGAUAAAAAAUAGUAUCUGUGCAGUAAUAGAAAAGGGUUUGACAACUGAUACAAUUAGGCCCGGGUCAAGUGCGACCAAUACAGUUGAAGAGGGUUUUGUACACGAUAAUUAUGCAUCACCAUCAGGUUUAGUGAUUCAAACAAAUAGACCGGGUCCAACUUUAGGUGCACAUAACGAGACUUAUAUGUGUGACAACUUUGCAUCUCAAUCACUGACUGUACAAUUUGAUAGUGAUUCAAGUUCUACUGAUUUGGAAGAAAACUCGGAAUUUAAUAAAAAUUCUGAUUUUCGCAAUAACCUCAGAGAAUGGGCAGUGAGUAAAAAUAUUUCUCAAGAGGCUGUAAAAGACCUACUAAACGUCAUUAAUCAACGAUUUCCUGGAACUGUACCAGUUGAUCCUAGAACUUUAUUGCAAACUCCUAGAAAUAUUGUAAUUAAAGAAAUUGAAGGCGGAGAAUACUGGUAUAACGGCCUCACGAAACCACUCACCAAUAUUUUAAAUGUUUGGCUGGACUUGCCAGAUAUGAUAAACCUUAAUUUCAAUUUUGAAGGGUUGCCAAUUUUUAAAAGUUCCAAAAAACAAUUUUGGCCUAUUCUUUGUAAUAUACAUAAAAGAACUGAUAUACGACCACUCAUUGUUGGAAUUAACUAUGGUUCUGGCAAACCAAAAAAUCUGAAUCAGUAUUUAGAAGAUUUUGUCUCAGAGAUGAAAACGCUACUUGAAAAUGGCAUCCACAUGGUUAAAGAAGGUGAAGAAAAGAUAGUUACUGUAAAAAUAAGAUGCUUCAUAUGUGAUUCGCCAGCGAGAGCUUUCAUAAAAGGUGUAUGCAAUUUCAACGGGAAGCAUGGUUGUUUAAAAUGUGUAACUGUAGGCGACUACUCCCACCAGUCUCAUACAGUGAUAUUUCCAGACUCAAGAUGUCCCAAGAGAACGGAUAAUGAAUUUAGACAAAGAAACUAUGGACAACAUCACAAAACAGACACACCCCUUCUAGGAUUACCUAUCGAUAUGAUUGAAGAUUUCCCAAUUUCUGAUUCACUGCAUCUUAUUGAUCUGGGAGUUAUGAAACGUUUACUAGUGGGAUGGCGCGAUGGUAAUUUUGAAAAGCUUUUGACCAAAUGGGUGGCUUCAGAUACGCAAAAAGUCACAGAUUUUUUACGGGCUUGUAAACUUCCUUCUGAAAUCCAUAGAUCCGCACGAGGGUUAGAUGAGCUGCUUCAUUGGAAAGCAGUGGAAUUCUGA